AUGCUCGCUCUCUUCCUUCUGCUCGCUCUCUUCCUUCUGCUCGCUCUCUUCCUUCUGCUCGCUCUCUUCCUUCUGCUCGCUCUCUUCCUUCUGCUCGCUCUCUAUCCUUCUGCUCGCUCUCUUCCCUUCUGCUCGCUCUCUUCCUUCUGCUCGCCUCUCUCCUUCUGCUCGCUCUCUUCCUUCUGCUCGCUCUCUUCCUUUCUGCUCGCUCUCUUCCUUCUGCUCGCUCUCUUCCUUCUGCUCGCUCUCUUCCCUUCUGCUCGCUCUCUUCCUUCUGCUCGCUCUCUUCCUUCUGCUCGCUCUCUUCCUUCUGCUCGCUCUCUUCCUUCUGCUCGCUCUCUUCCUUCUGCUCGCUCUCUUCCUUCUGCUCGCUCUCUUCCUUCUGCUCGCUCUCUUCCUUCUGCUCGCUCUCUUCCUUCUGCUCGCUCUCUUCCUUCUGCUCGCUCUCUUCCUUCUGCUCGCUCUCUUCCUUCUGCUCGCUCUCUUCCUUCUGCUCGCUCUCUUCCUUCUGCUCGCUCUCUUCCUUCUGCUCGCUCUCUUCCUUCUGCUCGCUCUCUUCCUUCUGCUCGCUCUCUUCCUUCUGCUCGCUCUCUUCCUUCUGCUCGCUCUCUUCCUUCUGCUCGCUCUCUUCCUUCUGCUCGCUCUCUUCCUUCUGCUCGCUCUCUUCCUUCUGCUCGCUCUCUUCCUUCUGCUCGCUCUCUUCCUUCUGCUCGCUCUCUUCCUUCUGCUCGCUCUCUUCCUUCUGCUCGCUCUCUUCCUUCUGCUCGCUCUCUUCCUUCUGCUCGCUCUCUUCCUUCUGCUCGCUCUCUUCCUUCUGCUCGCUCUCUUCCUUCUGCUCGCUCUCUUCCUUCUGCUCGCUCUCUUCCUUCUGCUCGCUCUCUUCCUUCUGCUCGCUCUCUUCCUUCUGCUCGCUCUCUUCCUUCUGCUCGCUCUCUUCCUUCUGCUCGCUCUCUUCCUUCUGCUCGCUCUCUUCCUUCUGCUCGCUCUCUCUUCCUUCUGCUCGCUCUCUCCUUCUGCUCGCUCUCUUCCUUCUGCUCCGCUCUCUUCCUUCUGCUCGCUCUCUUCCUUCUGCUCGCUCUCUUCUUCUGCUCGCUCUCUUCCUUCUGCUCGCUCUCUUCCUUGCUGCUCGCUCUCUUCCUUCUGCUCGCUCUCUUCCUUCUGCUCGCUCUCUUCCUUCUGCUCGCUCUCUUCCUUCUGCUCGCUCUCUUCCUUCUGCUCGCUCUCUUCCUUCUGCUCGCUCUCUUCCUUCUGCUCGCUCUCUUCCUUCUGCUCGCUCUCUCCUUCUGCUCGCUCUCUCCUUCUGCUCGCUCUCUUCCUUCUGCUCGCUCUCUUCCUUCUGCUCGCUCUCUUCCUUCUGCUCGCUCUCUUCCUUCUGCUCGCUCUCUUCCUUCUGCCUCGCUCUCUUCCUUCUGCUCGCUCUCUUCCUUCUGCUCGCUCUCUUCCUUCUGCUCGCUCUCUUCCUUCUGCUCGCUCUCUUCCUUCUGCUCGCUCUCUUCCUUCUGCUCGCUCUCUUCCUUCUGCUCGCUCUCUUCCUUCUGCUCGCUCUCUUCCUUCUGCUCGCUCUCUUCCUUCUGCUCGCUCUCUUCCUUCUGCUCGCUCUCUUCCUCUGCUCGCUCUCUUCCUUCUGCUCGCUCUCUUCCUCUGCUCUCUCUCUUCCUUCUGCUCGCCUCUCUUCCUUCUGCUCGCUCUCUUCCUUCUGCUCGCUCUCUUCCUUCUGCUCGCUCUCUUCCUUCUGCUCGCUCUCUUCCUUCUGCUCGCUCUCUUCCUUCUGCUCGCUUCUUCCCUUCUGCUCGCUCUCUUCCUUCUGCUCGCUCUCUUCCUUUCUGCUCGCUCUCUUCCUUCUGCUCGCUCUCUUCCUUCUGCUCGCUCUCUUCCCUUCUGCUCGCUCUCUUCCUUCUGCUCGCUCUCUUCCUCUGCUCGCUCUCUUCCUUCUGCUCGCUCUCUUCCUUCUGCUCGCUCUCUUCCUUCUGCUCGCUCUCUUCCUUCUGCUCGCUCUCUUCCUUUGCUCGCUCUCUUCCUUCUGCUCGCUCUCUUCCUUCUGCUCGCUCUCUUCCUUCUGCUCGCUCUCUUCCUUCUGCUCGCUCUCUUCCUUCUGCUCGCUCUCUUCCUUCUGCUCUGCUCGCUCUCUUCCUCUGCUCGCUCUCUUCCUUCUGCUCGCCUCUUCCUUCUGCUCGCUCUCUUCCUUCUGCUCGCUCUCUUCCUUCUGCUCGCUCUCUUCCUUCUGCUCGCUCUCUUCCUUCUGCUCGCUCUCUUCCUUCUGCUCGCUCUCUUCCUUCUGCUCGCUCUCUUCUUCUUCUGCUCGCUCUCUUCCUUCUGCUCGCUCUCUUCCUUCUGCUCGCUCUCUUCCUUCUGCUCGCUCUCUUCCUUCUGCUCGCUCUCUUCCUUCUGCUCGCUCUCUUCCUUCUGCUCGCUCUCUUCCUUCUGCUCGCUCUCUUCCUUCUGCUCGCUCUCUUCCUUCUGCUCGCUCUCUCUUCCUUCUGCUCGCUCUCUUCCUUCUGCUCGCUCUCUUCCUUCUGCUCGCUCUCUCGCUCGCUCUCUUCCUUCUGCUCGCUCUCUUCCUUCUGCUCGCUCUCUUCCUUCUGCUCGCUCUCUUCCUUCUGCUCGCUCUCUUCCUUCUGCUCGCUCUCUUCCUUCUGCUCGCUCUCUUCCUUCUGCUCGCUCUCUUCCUUCUGCUCGCUCUCUUCCUUCUGCUCGCUCUCUUCCUUCUGCUCGCUCUCUUCCUUCUGCUCGCUCUCUUCCUUCUGCUCGCUCUCUUCCUUCUGCUCGCUCUCUUCCUUCUGCUCGCUCUCUUCCUUCUGCUCGCUCUCUUCCUUCUGCUCGCUCUCUUCCUUCUGCUCGCUCUCUUCCUUCUGCUCGCUCUCUUCCUUCUGCUCGCUCUCUUCCUUCUGCUCGCUCUCUUCCUUCUGCUCGCUCUCUUCCUUCUGCUCGCUCUCUUCCUUCUGCUCGCUCUCUUCCUUCUGCUCGCUCUCUUCCUUCUGCUCGCUCUCUUCCUUCUGCUCGCUCUCUUCCUUCUGCUCGCUCUCUUCCUUCUGCUCGCUCUCUUCCUUCUGCUCGCUCUCUUCCUUCUGCUCGCUCUCUUCCUUCUGCUCGCUCUCUUCCUUCUGCUCGCUCUCUUCCUUCUGCUCGCUCUCUUCCUCUGCUCGCUCUCUUCCUUCUGCUCGCUCUCUUCCUUCUGCUCGCUCUCUUCCUUCUGCUCGCUCUCUUCCUUUCUGCUCGGCUCUCUUCCUUCUGCUCGCUUCUUCCUUCUGCUCGCUCUCUUCCUUCUGCUCGCAUCUCUUCCUUCUGCUCGCUUCUUCCUUCUGCUCGCUCUCUUCUUCUGCCGCUCUCUUCCUUCUGCUCGCUCUCUUCCUUCUGCUCGCUCUCUCCCUUCUGCUCGCUCUCUUCCUUCUGCUCGCUCUCUUCCUUCUGCUCGCUCUCUUCCUUCUGCUCGCUCUCUUCCUUCUGCUUCGCUCUCUUCCUUCUGCUCGCUCUCUUCCUUCUGCUCGCUCUCUUCCUUCUGCUCGCUCUCUUCCUUCUGCUCGCCUCUUCUUCCUUCUGCUCGCUCUCUUCCUUCUGCUCGCUCUCUUCCUUAUCUGCUCGCUCUCUUCCUUCUGCUCGCUCUCUUCCUUCUGCUCGCUCUCUUCCUUCUGCUCGCUCUCUUCCUUCUGCUCGCUCUCUUCCUUCUGCUCGCUCUCUUCCUUCUGCUCGCUCCUCUUCCUUCUGCUCGCUCUCUUCCUUCUGCUCGCUCUCUUCCUUCUGCUCGCUCUCUUCCUUCUGCUCGCUCUCUUCCUUCUGCUCGCUCUCUUCCUUCUGCUCGCUCUCUUCCUUCUGCUCGCUCUCUUCCUUCUGCUCGCUCUCCUUCCUUCUGCUCCGCUCUCUUGCCCUUCUGGCUCUCUCCUUCUGCUCGCUCUCUUCCUUCUGCUCGCUCUCUUCCUUCUGCUCGCUCUCUUCCUUCUGCUCGCUCUCUUCCUUCUGCUCGCUCUCUUCCUUCUGCUCGCUCUCUUCCUUCUGCUCGCUCUCUUACUUCUGCUCGCUCUCUUCCUUCUGCUCGCUCUCUUCCUUCUGCUCGCUCUCUUCCUUCUGCUCGCAUCUCUUCCUUCCUGCUCGCUCUCUUCCUUCUGCUCGCUCUCUUCCUUCUGCUCGCUCUCUUCCUUCUGCUCGCUCUCUUCCUUCUGCUCGCUCUCUUCUCUUCCUUCUGCUCGCUCUCUUCCUUCUGCUCGCUCUCUUCCUUCUGCUCGCUCUCUUCCUUCUGCUCGCUCUCUCCCUUCUGCUCGCUCUCUUCCUUCUGCUCGCUCUCUUCCUUCUGCUCGCUCUCUUCCUUCUGCUCGCUCUCUUCCUUCUGCUCGCUCUCUUCCUUCUGCUCGCUCUCUUCCUUCUGCUCGCUCUCUUCCUUCUGCUCGCUCUCUUCCUUCUGCUCGCUCUCUUCCUUCUGCUCGCUCUCUUCCUUCUGCUCGCUCUCUUCCUUCUGCUCGCUCUCUUCCUUCUGCUCGCUCUCUUCCUUCUGCUCGCUCUCUUCCUUCUGCUCGCUCUCUUCCUUCUGCUCGCUCUCUUCCUUCUGCUCGCUCUCUUCCUUCUGCUCGCUCUCUUCCUUCUGCUCGCUCUCUUCCUUCUGCUCGCUCUCUUCCUUCUGCUCGCUCUCUUCCUUCUGCUCGCUCUCUUCCUUCUGCUCGCUCUCUUCCUUCUGCUCGCUCUCUUCCUUCUGCUCGCUCUCUUCCUUCUGCUCGCUCUCUUCCUUCUGCUCGCUCUCUUCCUUCUGCUCGCUCUCUUCCUUCUGCUCGCUCUCUUCCUUCUGCUCGCUCUCUUCCUUCUGCUCGCUCUCUUCCUUCUGCUCGCUCUCUUCCUUCUGCUCGCUCUCUUCCUUCUGCUCGCUCUCUUCCUUCUGCUCGCUCUCUUCCUUCUGCUCGCUCUCUUCCUUCUGCUCGCUCUCUUCCUUCUGCUCGCUCUCUUCCUUCUGCUCGCUCUCUUCCUUCUGCUCGCUCUCUUCCUUCUGCUCGCUCUCUUCCUUCUGCUCGCUCUCUUCCUUCUGCUCGCUCUCUUCCUUCUGCUCGCUCUCUUCCUUCUGCUCGCUCUCUUCCUUCUGCUCGCUCUCUUCCUUCUGCUCGCUCUCUUCCUUCUGCUCGCUCUCUUCCUUCUGCUCGCUCUCUUCCUUCUGCUCGCUCUCUUCCUUCUGCUCGCUCUCUUCCUUCUGCUCGCUCUCUUCCUUCUGCUCGCUCUCUUCCUUCUGCUCGCUCUCUUCCUUCUGCUCGCUCUCUUCCUUCUGCUCGCUCUCUUCCUUCUGCUCGCCUCUCUUCCUUCGCUCGCUCCUUCCCGGCUCGCUCUCUCCUUCUGCUCCUCUCCUCUUUCCUUCUGCUCGCUCUCUUCCUUCUGCUCGCUCUCUUCCUUCUGCUCGCUCUCUUCCUUCUGCUCUCGCUCUCCCCUUCCUCCCUCAACCCCGCUCCUCCCCCAUAUCUGAGCCCACCCCACUUCCCCCCUCCCCUCUUAUGCUCCAUCUUGAACAACGAGGUGCUACUGAACGAGAUCGCAGUCAGCCGCUUCCCCUUCGGUCCACAAGGCCAGCCAGUCGCAGCGUGUGUGGUGUUCCGGUCGCUGCUGCACUGGCGCACGUUCCAGGCGGAGAAGACCAACGCGUUUGACCGCAUCAUCGAGACCUUCCAGAUGGUCUCGCGCUCCGAUGACAUGAGCACGCUCAGUUACUGGCUCAGCAACCACGUUGUACUUCUGUACCUCGUGCAGGUGGGUGCUGUGGGAGAAAGGGGGACGGGAGAAGGGUGGUGGGUGCUGGGGGGGAUGGGAGGGAAGGUGGCACGCAGGGGAGGUGCUACUGUGUGGCGCAGCGAGUACAAGCUCUACGUGACCAUCGUGCUGCUCUACCGGGGCACCCUGAAGCCAGCAGCAACGCUCGCCGUCGUCAACGCCACGUCAGCUCAAACCACCAAGAUCCUGCUGGACUGCACGUGGACGCAGCCCAGGCCCAGCGUGCAGCUGUGCGAGUGGCUCAAUGACCUCCCUGUUACUGCCACCCCCACCCCCACACCUCCUGCUGACUCUGCCCCUACCUCCGCGCCUGACUCUUCUCCCACCUCUGCUCCUGAUUCUGCUCCUAACGUUACUCCUAACACUGCUCCAAACUCUGCUUCUGACUCUUCUCCUAACUCUCCUGAUUCUGCUCCUGACUCCCCUUUGGAUGCGGCCAAGAGCAUGCGUGCGGUGGCCUUUCCAGGCUCGCUCACGGUGGUGGCCCUGCCAGUCAUGAACAUAGUGGUCAAGGCGGUGUACAAGAUGCAGGUGGGGUCGGAAGGGGGGGAUUCUGCUGAAGCCGUGCUGCACUAUGCGCAGUGA